GAGCGUGGUGUUGCGUUUUCCUCGUAUCCGUUGCCCCAAUUCUUUAAUGCCGGUUAGGUAAUUUUCUUACGCUUCCCGAGCUAUUAAAGGUGAAAUUACGUCGUGGGCGUAGCGGCUCCUUGUAAUGGCGACCGUGCCGUAGAUGUGCCUAGGUGUGUGAAAAUGAAGCGAAGAAGAAGUUAUUUCUUUUAAGUAAAACGCCGAGGUUCCUAAGGGGGAGGACUUUGCGUCUACAACCAUCAUCUUUAUAAGUGGUAAACUUAGCUGUACUUUUGAACUUUUGUGCCCUUUAAAAUGAUGAAGAUCAAGUCAAACCAAACCCGGACGUACGACGGGGAUGGGUACAAGAAGCGGGCCGCCUGUCUGUGUUUCAGGAGCGAGACUGAGGAGGAGGUGCUGCUGGUGAGCAGUAGUCGACAUCCUGACAAGUGGAUAGUUCCUGGAGGGGGAAUGGAGCCCGAGGAGGAGCCCAAUGUUGCUGCGGCUCGAGAAGUGUGUGAAGAGGCCGGUGUGAAGGGGACUUUAGGUCGCUUAGUUGGAGUAUUUGAGAACCAAGAGAGGAAACACAGAACCUACGUCUAUGUUCUUAUUGUAACAGAGGUGCUGGAGGACUGGGAGGACUCGGUCAACAUUGGGAGAAAAAGGGAAUGGUUUAAAAUAGACGAUGCCAUACAAGUGUUGCAGUGUCACAAGCCUGUGCAGGCCACCUACUUCGGGGCUCUCCAGGAGAGUUGCUUGACAAGUAACGGAACACCUUUGGUGGCCACGAUAGGUGGGGACCUCUCCCCUACCUACAGCAUCAAUCAAAGCUCCGUCUCGGGUAUCAGAUAACUAAAACCAUAACUCUGACACCCCCAGGAGCUUUCGCCACCACUUGCGCUCUUACUUGUGUCAUUUCUCUUCUCUUUCUCUUUUGUCUCAAUAACAUGGUUUGCCUUGCCAACUCCUUUGUGCCAGAACUGUGGCACAGACUUGAUGACAAGUGUCGGGUGAAUAGUCUGAAACACUUUGUAAAUGUAAAUGUAAUUUUUGACCCCUCUUUUUUUUUUCUUUUUACUGACAAUUGCAUGAAAUGUCUCCUCGCUCCCUCUUUCCUUAAAGCGCCCUUAGCGUGGUGUUUAUUGAAUGCAAGAACUACUUUUUACUGUUGUAAUGUAAAAGUGUAUGCUUAGUGCUUAAGCUGAAGGCUUUUGGUGAUCCUUUUAACAUUUCCUCCACUUUUUUGGUUAUUUUUCUGUGAAUGAAUGUGCCCAUUAGUGUACUCCCCCCCCCUGUUAUAAGGAUAGGAAAUGUUGUCUGUAUCUGAAUGAACAGAAUUGUGGGAAGUGACUUGUCUUGCAUGAGCACUGUUUUGUUGUGUCUCACUCGCUCGAGUGACCUGAUGCUGACUGUGCAACAGACUUGUGGUAAGGUCUUUGGAUUCUCUUCAUUUUGGUCCUUAUCGUGGUUGUUGAUGUCUCUUUAAUCAGAAGGAUACGGCCCCUGAGUAGUCUUUAGUGUCCAGUGUGUUUCUCUCUCAUUUGGGAAGCUAGCCAAACACUACAAGUUUCACUCUCAAACAGAGCAUAUAAACUGUAAAGAGGGUGAAAGAAUGUCAACGUACAAUGUAAAAUGAACCACCUUUCUCCUCAGUGUCUUUACCUUCUUUUAAUCCCUUUUUUGUUUUCUUUUUAAAAAUGCUUUCUUGUGGCUGGCUACACAGUCUUCCUCCACAUACUGAGGGUAGAAGUAGUAGAUUUAAAAAAUCAUGGAUUUGUAAUCUCAAAAUUCAGCACAUAUAUCAUUUAAGUUAUUAAAACCCAUUUCCAUAUUUUACUCCUCACAUUCAGUUUGGUUAAAAGCAUUUGUUUACAUUGUGUUCAUAACAUAGUACAGGUGACUUUAGUGGGCACUUUUCAUUAUUGACAUGAUUUUUAUUUUUUUAUUUUUUAACCCUUCCUUUAGUAUUUAAUCUGCAUCCCCCAAAACACUCAAAACACCUGCUUGACAUUGAAAGUAAUGGAAUCUAUAAUGCUGUCUUUGGCAAGAUGCAGAACAAACAAGCCUUGUACAGUUUGAGACCUCGUUUUUAAUAUGUAAAAUGCUUUUGGAUACUAGUUUGUUUGUUUGUUUGUUUGUUUUUUUCUCUCUUUAACGUCUGGCUCUUUAAAGUCUCUUUAGCCGAGCUGCGUCACUUGGCCUCGUGGCGGAGGCAGCUGGCUCAAUACUGUGAAACUGGAGGCGCUGUAGAUAGCAUGUUAGAGGUUUUUAUUGUAAAUUGUUUAUUUCUGUAUAGAUCAAAGGUGAGAGUACAAAUGACAAAACGCCUCUUACACAUCUGUGAGUCGUAAAUGUAAUUUCAACUGAGGCUGGAAGAACUGAUUGAACUCAUGGCGUUGGCUUUGGAGCUGUUGGGGAAUUUUCCCUUGACAUAGCAUAAAGUACAUCUGAGGCUAAAGAACAAGGAAAGUGGCUGUAGGUGAGAGUGAAGAGCCUAUUUAUAAUUGAAUAUUCUCAAAAUCCUCACAUUUUAGACCAAAACAAAUAUGUAACAGUAUGGGAUUACUGUUUGUUGUUUUGUUUUUUUGUCCUAAUCUUUGGCUAAGCUAUAAAAUUAAGUACAACAGCAGUCUGAGUUUCCAAACCACUACUUGGUUUAAAGAAAAGCAGACCUGAAGUCCUUUUCAGCAGCUGUUCCACUAUCCCCAGUCAUUGUAUUAUCCCAUAGAGGGUUUCUUUUAUUGGUCUUCCGCAAAAACUUAAACCACUUGGCCACUUGGGGACAGCGUAAAGGAGCUGUAAACACAACAUUGAUGCAUUAUCACUUUAUGUGGUGAACAUGUUGGCAAAUAUUUGCCUCUUUAUACACCUGGCAUAUAUGGAGCAACAUUUGUAUUAAUUUGGCGUUGUUUGUGUCCAUCUGUUAAAUUUAAUAUUCUCUUAUACUAUAUACUCUUCCUUUAGCUCCGUUUUAGUCUCCACCAAUUCCUGUGGGAAAUGCUCCACUAUGUUCACCAGCUAUUCGCUAAUCUUGUCCACCGUCUCGUGUUAGGCAGGUAGCAUACAAUUAGCUUUUUAGAGCUUUAUUGCUGAAAACAGCUGCCUGCUAUACACAGAAACAACACUGAGUGAACUAAAACAUAAAGAUGGGCCAGAAAAUGAAAGCGAUGACCUGAAAGAUGCUAAAUAGCUCUGCCAAGCUGAGGGAAACUGCCAUCAUGUGAACGACUGUUAAUAUAGAAAUAUUGAUUAUAGCAGCGUUAAAGUUGAGUGUAGUUUAUGGAUAGUGAACUUUGAGCACCUUGAUUACCUUGCCAGCACUCAAAAACUACAGCUCCGAUUCGGUUUGAAUGCUAACAAAAUAAGUUUAAAAAAAUGCUUUAUCUUUGUUUAAAUGAUGGUUGCCCAACGUUUACUGUACAGUAGUAGAUGCAUAUUUAACUUUGCCAUCCAGAAACUGACGAAAAAAGCCGUCAUGGGAAAUUACAUUGAGAACUGAAACCUAGUGGAUCAAAAGCAUGGUCUUUUCUCCCAUUGAUUGUUUGUUUGAGAGGGGCACAACUCUGCCAGCAAAUCGAGCUUUAGACAGACUCCUAAUAUUGGCCUCUCUAUAAUCCCUGAAUAAAAAUGUUUUUUUCUGAAUGACAUAUGUAUAUGUGAAAGGAGUCUAAAGUCCCCUUCGCAGCAGUUUGAGACUUUAAACAAGUUUUAUUGCUGUGUAUCAGAAAGGUGUGGUGGCCAAAGUCUUGCUUUAUGAUCCCCUACCUGGCACUUCAUGGGAGAUUUUCGUGUUGAUUAAACCUUUUUUAGUCUUCGUUGAAAUGUGCAAUCGGAUGUUAAGGGGAUGUAUAUGGCUUAAAGAAAAUCUAAAACCUAUGCCUGAGUAAUCAGCUGUGAUUUCAUUCGCUCUUGAUAGUUUGAUGCAGGUGACAGGUACUGUCAAAAUGAAUGUGAGGAGGAUUUCCACAAGUAACAGCCAGUGACUUAAUUAUUAAUGACCACUUGUUCUUUAUCCAUAUUUUUUUCUGUUUGUACUUUAAUCUGUUAUGUUAUUGACAAGCUAAUGUCUUGUAUAUAGCUAACACAGCACCCUUACAGCCAGAGGACGCACUUUGGUCAAUAAGGAUUAGUGUCCAUUUUUUUAACAACUCCCUUCUAAAAAAAACAAACAAAAAAAAACCAUUUCAUCAAGUAAAGUGAUGUAGGAUGGAGUUCAGGAGGGAAUUUAUGAAGUAAAUGUCUCCAAAUAAGCACGUUGGAGUUCAUGUGGAGUUACGAUGGAGCAAACGCAACUACCCUUUCUCCCUGGAGAUUUCUGCUAUCAUAAUUUGGCUCGUUUGUAUAUGACUUUGAAGCUUUUGAACUUGGGAGAAACAGUGGCUGAAUUAUUGAGAGAACAAUUAAGAGCUUCAGAUAAAGUCCCUUUCUUCGAUUUACCAAAAGGUGAUGGUUUAAAUAUGUAUUGCCCCAUCUAGCGGCCAAAGCAAAACUAUUAAAAAAAUCCUCACUUUGCAGCUGAGGAUUGUAACAUUCGGUUUCCUUUAGCUUGAUGGUCAGGUGGCCAUAUUUAUAACUGAAUGACGUAAAUAAUUAGAAAUUGAUUCGAAAAAGCUGUUAAAAGAUUAACCUAAAUACUUGGAAUUGAGUAACCAACUAAACACACAUGCACUUCUAGCCGUUGACCUCAGCCUUGAAGUUACAUACUCGUAAUUGUUCUCCGAGGUAUAUGUGUCACUGGAAUUUUCUUUUCCUCUCUUUUGUCAUUUGGGACUGUGGAAUAAAACCAGUGCGAGAAGACUGAAGAUUGUAAUAUAAAUGUGCCAACAAAUAAACACCAGUAUUUCACAUUCA